AAUACUUUCUGGAACAUUGUCCUAUCUACAACCAAUAAUAUGCUAUAUAGGUGUUCAUUAUUGGUGCCCCAAAAUAACGUAACACAUUAAAAAUUGCAAGUACGAUUAUAUUAUGGCUAGCUUCUAUAUAUACAUUGGUCAUUGGUACAUGAUAUGAUACACUAUUAUAGACUUAUAGAUAAAUUAAGUAGCCACUGAAAAAGAAAAAAAGAAAAAAAAUCUCUGUUCUAUACGCCUUUGUACGUAACACAUGGCUCCAAGAAAACUUCACAUAGCAUUACUAGCCAGUCCUGGCAUGGGUCAUUUGAGUCCGGUAUUGUUACUCGGCCGGCGUCUCGUUACGGAGCACGACCUCCUUGUGACCAUAUUCUCCGUCACCACCGACACCACCGUCUCCCCGGUCCAAGCCGAGCUCGUUAGUACCGUUACAAGAAACAUCCACCUUCCAAUUAUCCCAAUCCCGGCUGCAGACAUCUCCAAAGUCGCAAAUCCAAAUGCUAGUGUCAUCACACAACUUAAUAUCAUGAUGCGUGAAACCGUACCCGUUAUCCGUACCGCUAUAUCCUCUAUGGACCCUCGUCCGGAUGUUCUCAUUUUCGAUAUUUUUGCCUACGCGUCUCGGGUUAUUGCUGAAGAAUUUGGGAUGUCUAAAUUCUUGUUUGUGACUGCCAACGCGUGGUUCACGGCAUUGUUUACUUACUCCCCUGUUUUAGAUAAGGAAGUUGUGGGUCAAUAUAUUGACCAAACCGGGCCGUUAGAGAUACCCGGGUGUAAACCGGUUCGCCCGGAAGAUGUUAUUGAUCCGAUGGUGGAUAGGAAUGAUGAAACGUAUGGUUUUUAUUUAGAGCAGGCGGUUGGGGCGACGUUGACCGACGGUAUCUUAAUAAACACUUGGGAAGUACUUGAACCGCAAUCAGUAGACGCUUUAAGAAACAAUGAAAUUUUGCGGUCCGUGGUUAAAAACAAACCGGUUUAUACGGUUGGUCCGAUAAUCAAAACCGGUGGUGUGAAGAGUGACGUGAUUGAAUGGCUUGAUAAACAACCAGAAGAGUCGGUUACAUACGUGUCAUUUGGAAGCGGUGGAACGAUAUCGGCCAAGCAAAUAGAAGAGCUGGCUUGGGGGUUGGAACUAAGCCAGCAAAGAUUUAUUUGGGUGGUCCGACCACCUUGUGGACAUGCUUCAGACGGGUCUUUUUUUAGACCCGGGGAUUUAGAUGGACCGGGUUGUCCAACUAGUUUUUUUCCAAAAGGAUUUUUAUCUAGAAUCCAAAAAGUGGGGUUCAUCGUAUUGUCAUGGGCCCCACAAGUGGAAAUUUUGAACCACAAGUCAGUUGGAGGGUUUUUAACACAUUGUGGAUGGAAUUCAACGCUGGAGAGUAUUACAAGUGGGGUACCGAUGAUAACGUGGCCAUUGUAUGCAGAGCAGAACAUGAACGCGACGAUGCUGGUUGAGGAGCUAGAGAUAGCAGUGAGGCCCGAGGUGUUGCCAACAAAGAAAGUCGUGGGCAGGGACGAGAUUGAGAAAAUGGUGCGGGUUUUGAUGGACAGCGAAAAGGGGAAGGAAAUGCGCGAGAAAGCAAAGAUAUUAAAGAAAGGAGCAGAAGAAGCAAUAACGGAAAAUGGUUCAUCAUACAUUUCAAUGUGUAAGCUUAUCGAGAAUUGUUGGUCCAAAAUUCAGUAGUCAAUAUGAGGAAGCAUUCAUAAUAAUUUACUAGGUGUUAAUGUCUAUGAUUAGUCGUUUGCUUGUGUGGUUUAAACCGAAACUAAUAACAACUUGAACCAAAGUCGUUAGAGAAUAAGAUAUGGUGAUAUUGUCGUUAGAGAAUAAGACACGAACCUUCUAUGACAAAGAUUUUAGAUUGAUGUAUUACUCGUAUUAUUUAAGUGAAGGUAAAAUGACAUCACUAUCGUCGUUUUCAUUAA